UCAUCAUUUUUUUUCUCCGCCAUUGUUUAUACAAUUUCUUCUCGUAUUGGACAACUUAAUUAUAAUUAUUCGAUGAUCAUCAUUUAAGUUCAAGAUCCACAUAUACUUUAAAUACUGGCAAUCAUAAUGUUUGUAUUGAAAAUCAUUAAUCAUUUCUAUCCAAUUCUGAAACAACCAAAUCUAUCUAAUUAUGGAACAUCAUCAUUAAUAUGUGUUAAAAAUCCAACGGAUAGAAUUAAAUUCUGGUCAUUUGUUCGCCGUGAACUUAUAUCAUUCAAAGGUGUCGAAUAUUAUCAUAAGCUAACAUGGUUUAUGUAUCAUACCAAUGUAUUAGGUGAUCAUUGUUGUCGUAAAUGGGUAUAUUGGAUUCUCUGGCUACAAUAUCUAGCAUUCAUACGUAUAUUAUUUUUAUAUUUUUAUCCAUUAUCACAUCUUCAACGAAUCGAAUGGGCCGAUGCUGCCUAUAUUUAUUUUGAUGAUAAUCUUAUGAAUUUAUUAUAUUCAGCAUUUAUAAUGUGCGUAUUUAUUGAGAAAAAUGUUUAUUUCAAUAGUGAUCGUCGUUUAUUUGCCAUAUUGAAUGGUAUUAUUAAUCAUCCAUCGAUUUGUCCUGAAUUGACAUAUAAUCCAUUUGAUGAUGAUAAAUGGUUAUUCACCUUACGACAAUUAAUGAUAGUGUUAUUAAAUAGUCUACAAAUUAUAGUCAAUUCAAUGAUAGCCAUUAAUAUAUUUUAUUUACAUUGGACAACAUAUACGAUAAUACAAAAAGAUUGGCCAAAAUCAUCAUUGUUAUUUGAAUUUGAAUUUCAAAAUUUGACAAAUUUUAUCAUCACAACAAUAAUCAUCUAUUGUCAAUGGCUAUUUAGAAUAUUCAUCAAAAUCAUAUGGUUCGAAUUGAAUACAUUCAUAUUUAUGGUGGAUAUAAUGUUAAAAUCACGAACAUUAAUAACUGGUGCAACCUAUAUACUUGCAUAUACAAUAUUAUUCUAUGUUGAAUUGAAACAAAUUGCUCAAAUUCUUUAUCAUAAUCAUUAUGAUCAACAAUUACAAUCAUCGAUGAACAAUAUAACAAUACGUAUAAAUCGUUUUAUGUAUAAACAUAAUCGUCUUUUUGAACGUAUUAUGAUGGUUGAUCGUGUUAUGUCGAAAACAUUUUUCUGGUUUAUGAUGGCAUCAUUGCCAAUCAACAUAUAUCUAUCGGCAUGGAUUCUAGCACAUUUUAAAAAUAUAAUGAUAAAUUUUCGUCCAUUAUUAAUGCAUUAUAUAGUGGCCAUAUUAAUCGUUUUUGGUACUUUGUUGGGCGUAUUUUUUGUUCAUUAUAUUCUGGUAUUAUAUCCAACAGCUAUACAUAGUAAAUCUGGUAUUAAACAUUUAUUACAUUUAGAAGCAUGUCGACUACAACAACAACGGCCAUUAAAUAAUAAUCAUUCACAAUUUAAAAAAAGAAUAAUGAAUUGUCGAAUAUUGAUUCUACGAACACAUUUAAAACAAGUUAAUUAUAUUGCAAAAUUUCAUGUGAAAAAUCGUUAUGGAUUCACCUAUUGUAAUACAGGAUUGAUUACAUUGAAUUCAUUUUUUCGUUCAUUGAUGAUUUAUCUAAAAGUUUUACUUUUAGUUUAUAAACUACAUUCAAUAUGA